AUAACAUCUAUUCACAAAACAAAUACACAUACAGAGAUUCAGUAUAUGUAAUUUACAUCGAUAUGCCAAUACCAUUCUCCAGUUUUCUUAUGUUCUUUACCAUCGUCACAAGCUUCCUCGUAAUUUUAGCAACAUCGGCUUCACGGCUUCAUCCAGAUGAAUCGAAGGCGCUUAAGGAGAUAGCUACUACACUUGGUAUCAAGGGAUUGGACCUCAAAUCUGAAGAUCCUUGCACUAUGAGCCGUCUAAAGUUUGAUUUUGUUCGGACUGUUGGUGAUGAUGUUAACAACACCAUUAAAUGUGGACGCUGUGACAACAUGAUGACAUGUCAUAUUACCGACAUAUCUCUCAAGAACAUGAAUCUUCCUGGGAAACUUCCGCCUCAGUUAGUGAAGCUUCGGUAUCUCCAGUCCAUAGAGUUGUGCCGAAAUUACCUUUCAGGCUCCAUCCCGGCGGAAUGGGCUUCAAUGGCAGACCUCACUUUCAUCUCGCUGUGCGCGAAUAAUUUGUCAGGCCCUUUACCAUCUGGUUUACAAAACUUCAAGAACCUGACAUUUCUAGGGGUUGAAGCCAACCAAUUCUCUGGUCCAAUUCCUGAUUGGCUUGGUAACUUGACCAACCUAACAGGAUUGGAACUCGCAUCCAAUCAAUUUACAGGAAGCCUUCCUAUCACUCUCGCUAGACUGAUAAAGCUUGAGAAAAUUAGGUUAUGUGACAAUAACUUCAGUGGCAUCAUCCCAGAAUAUAUUGGCAGCUGGUCUGGGCUUCAAAGGCUAGAUCUACAUGCAAGUGGACUGAAAGGACCUAUUCCUGACGCGGUGGCCCGCCUCGAAAAUCUUACCCACCUGAGCAUUAGUGAUACGACUGGGAUACACUCCUUUCCAAAUAUAUCUAGCGAAGUCAUCAAAACCCUGAUUUUGAGGAAUGUGAGUCUGUCUGGUUCAAUUCCUUCUUCCAUCUGGAGCAAGAUGGAUUUGGAAACUCUUGACUUAUCGUUUAACAACUUGACUGGUGAAGUAAAUGGAGAUAAGGCACCAGAUCAUACCUAUUUGACUGGAAAUAGGCUCUCAGGGGACUUUGAAUCUAGGUCUUUCAAUAGCCGGUCUAAUAUCGAUCUCUCUUACAACAAUUUCUCAUGGUCAUCUAGCUGCCGCGAAAAUCCUAACAUUAAUACAUACCGGAGUUCCUAUGUGAAGAACAACUUAACUGGGCUUCUUCCAUGUACUGCUCCAAUCAAAUGCACAAACUAUCAGGGGUUUCUACAUAUAAAUUGUGGUGGAGAGCUAGUUAUUACAAACUCUUCAUAUAAAGUUGGCUACAAAAUUACAUAUGAAGCUGAUAACAACAUUACCAAAGCCUCAACAAAUCUGCGCUUCAAAAACUGGGGAAUCAGUAACACUGGUAACUUUGUGGAUGAUAAAACUGAAGAGGACGCAUACACCGUUUCAACUAAUUUGGCAGUACCUGGAGAUUCUCAUGGUCUUUAUAAGACCGCACGUCGAUCUGCUCUCUCUCUUGUUUAUUAUGCAUUUUGCUUGGAAAAUGGAGACUACAAUGUGAGCCUCCAUUUUGUGGAGAUUCAGUUUUCAGACGAAGAACCACCAUUCAAGCGUGAGGGAAGACGCAUAUUUGACGUCUAUGUUCAGGGGAAACUGGUCUUGAGUGAUUUUAACAUCAAAGAGGAGGCUAAAGGGGCUCUGAAGCCUGUUAUCAGAGAACUGAAAGCUAAUGUGACCGAUCAUAUGUUAGAGAUUCAGUUGUAUUGGGCAGGGAAAGGGACAACCCUCAUACCCGAAAGAGGAAACUAUGGUCCUCUUAUCUCUGCAAUCUCCUUAUGUCACAGUCAGGAGCCCCGAUGUGGAGCGGAGAAAAUCAAACAUCACAUUAGUUCUCCCAUCAUUUUCGGGGCAACGGGUGCCUUGGUAACAAUUUUUCUCUUGGCUUUGGGAAUAUAUGCUCGGAGAAGAUGCAGAGAAGACAAUAACACAAGAGAACGUGAACUGAGAGCCCAGGGUUUGCAAACUGUUUGCUUUACAUGGGGGCAACUGCAAGCUGCAACAAACAAUUUUGAUCAAGCCAACAAACUUGGAGAAGGAGGUUUCGGAUCCGUAUUCAAAGGAGAGCUGUCAGAUGGAACAAUCAUAGCAGUGAAGCAGCUUUCUUCCAAGUCAUGCCAAGGAAACCGCGAGUUUGUGAAUGAGAUUGGCAUGAUCUCAGGUCUGAAUCAUCCAAAUCUUGUCAAGCUUUAUGGAUGCUGUGUCGAAAAAGAUCAACUUCUGCUCGUGUAUGAGUACAUGGAAAACAACUCCCUUGCUCUUGCUUUGUCUGGAAAGAGCUCAACGAAGUUAGAAUGGGCAAUGAGACAGAAAAUAUGUGUAGGAAUCGCAAGAGGGCUUGCAUUCCUCCAUGAAGGAUCUGCAGUCAGGAUGGUUCACCGUGACAUAAAAACAACAAAUGUGCUUCUAGACGCUGACCUGAAUGCAAAGAUAUCUGACUUUGGAUUGGCCAGGCUCCACGAAGAAGAACACAGUCACAUUAGCACCAAGAUUGCAGGAACCAUCGGAUACAUGGCUCCAGAGUAUGCAUUAUGGGGUCAACUAACAGAGAAAGCGGACGUGUAUAGCUUCGGGGUUGUGGCCAUGGAGAUUGUUAGUGGCAAGAAUAAUACUAAACACAAGGGAAGUGCUGAACACGUCUCCCUUAUCAAUUGGGCAUUGGCGCUGCAACAGACAGGGGACAUAAUGGAUAUUGUAGAUCCAGUUCUUGAAGGUGACUUCAACAGCAAGGAAGUAGUAAGGAUGAUCAAAGUUUCUCUGGUUUGCACACAUGCAUCUCCUUCUUUAAGGCCUACGAUGUCAGAAGCUGUACAAAUGCUCGAAGGCGAGAUUGAAGUAACACAAGUUAUGUCAGAUCAUGGUUUAUAUGGACAUAACUGGAGCAUCUCAAAGAUGAGGGACGCUGAUACACAUGGAAGCUCGAGCACAUCUGGUGUGACCGAUCAAACAGCAUCGACAAUGAAGUCCUCUGUUUCCGGUAGUGAUCUCUACCCAUUGUACCCCGAAUCUGUGAUUCUAAACUCCACAGUGGAACUACCUUCCUCGUCGGUGUGAUAUCAAAAGAUGUGCACGAGUCCUUAUAUCUCUUAAGCCCUGUGAAGUAGUCUUAUAGUUAGCUUACCACAUAGUCAUAUCAUUAAAUUUGUGUGAAAUCUUAUUACUAAGUUAAUUUACAUUGAUCGAAAACCACAUCUCUAUAAAUGUUUGUCAAACUCGAAGUAUAUAUUAUAUAUAGUGGUUGUUGAAUAAAACUCUCUUUCCUAAAACU